AUGAGUAAAACACAACAGGCAAACAAUGUCAUUUGGUACCAAAAUGAAAUUCACAUUUCACGCAAACGCGGGUCACAUAUCAUAACUAAAGAAGUCGUCGGCUGUGUCGAGAAGGAAUUAAAAAACAUUAAAAUAGGACUUUGCAACGUAUUUUUGAUGCAUACGUCUGCGUCUUUGUCAAUCAACGAAAACUACGACCCCACGGUGAGAAUUGACAUAGAAAAUUCUUUUAAUAAAAUGGUCCCCGACGGCGCGCAAAGAUACGAACAUUGUCUCGAGGGCGAUGACGACGCUCCGGCACAUAUUAAAAGUAUAAUGUUAGGGUGCAGUCUCAACAUUCCGAUUCAAAACGGCGAUUUAUGUCUUGGCACGUGGCAAGGGAUAUACUUGAACGAGCACAGAGAUAACGGCGGAAGCCGUACAAUCGUUGUGACAAUCAAUGGCACCAAUAAGUGA